GGGAAGCGGAGCAAUUCGGGGGGCGAGCCUGCCCGAAAUGUGGGGAGCGCCGGCUGCCCCGCGGGGCCACCCCGCUCCCCCCUGCCUGCUGCCGGUGACCUGGCUUCUGGCGCUGCACGCAGGUCUGCUGGCAGGGGUGAACAUCACCAGCCCCACGCCGCUGGUGCGGGGCACGGCGGGCAAGGCGGCGCUGCUGUCGGUGCGCUAUGCCAGCGCCAGCGCGGACAAGCCAGUGGUCAAGUGGCAGCUGAAGAGGGACAAACCCGUCACCGUCGUUCAGUCCAUCGGCACCGAGAUCAUCGGCAACCUCCGGCCCGACUACCGCGACCGCAUCCGCGUGCUGGAGAACGGCUCGCUGCUCAUCAGCCCCCUGCAGCUGGCCGAUGAAGGCGCUUACGAGGUGGAGGUGUCCAUCACCGAUGACACUUUCACCGGCGAGAAGACCAUCAACCUCACGGUGGACAUUCCCAUCUCAAAGCCACAAGUGCUGGUGGCCUCCUCAACGGUGCUGGAGCUCAGUGAGUUCUUCACCCUCAACUGCUCACACGAGAAUGGCACCAAGCCCACCUACACCUGGCUGAAGGACGGGCGGCCGCUGAGCAACGACUCCCGCCUGCUGCUCUCCCCUGACCAGAAGAUCCUCACCAUCACCCGUGUUCUCAUGGCCGACGAUGACGUCUAUAGCUGCCUGGUGGAGAACCCCAUCAGCCAUGGCCGCAGUGUCCCCGUGAAGCUCACUGUUUACCGCCGGAGCUCUCUCUACAUCAUCCUGUCCACGGGCGGCAUCUUCCUUCUUGUCACCCUGGUGACAGUUUGUGCCUGCUGGAAACCCUCCAAGAAGGAGAAGCGACAAGCAGAGACACAACCAACCUCUGACUACGCGGAGCAGGGCGAGGAGUGCCUGAAGCACGAGGCCGAGGGCAUCCCACGGAGCGGCGAGCACGAGCGCAAGAACCCAGUGGCUUUGUACAUCCUUAAAGAUAAGGACUCGCCGGAGGCGGAGGAGGAUUCACUGCCUGAACCCCGCGGCACGGUGGAGCCCGGCUACACCAGCUCGCCAGUACCAGCAGCCGGCCGCUCGCCGGGACCAGUGGGGCGCUCGACUCGCCGUUACCAUCGCUCGCCAGCUCGCUCGCCCGCCUCGACGCGGACCCACAGGUCACCACCGGGCUCGCCGGCGCGGUCCCGCGGCGCUCCGCGGCUGCUGCGGACUGCCGGCGUGCACGUCAUUCGGGAGCAGGAGGAGGCCAACGCCGUGGAGAUCAGUGCCUGAGCA